CCUUUCCUGAGAUCUUCUUGGAAGGUGACAAUCCAAUAGGACUAGCUGUAUUUGAGAAUUCUUUCUUCUGGGCAAAUAAAAUACGGCUGUUUCGCACUUCACCCCACACCCCAAAGGAGAGAGUGGUGCUGCUGAAUGCUUCCAUAUCUGCUUUCUCUGUCCUGCACAAAUCCCAGCAGCCCAAGGGUAUGUCAAGGACUUGCUUUUGAAAUGCUAAUGCAUCAGAAUGUACACUAAACAGAAAUGGCCUAAAUUACUACCUUGGUCUGCUCUUGGAACUUGCUACUUUUUUAGGCAGGGAAAGUGUUCUGGGUAUUAUUCCAGAAUUCUAUAGGACUUCUAAAUAAGAGAAAAUGAGAAAAAUCCUUUUCUGGGAAACUCCUUCCAAGCAUGUACCUUGUGGUUUGUCCAAGUCCAAUGUAGUAACCAGAUUCUUGAAGUCUGAAAUACAUGAAACGGGGUAAUAAGCUAUUCACAUAAGGGCUACAAUAGCUUACUCACAGACACGUUAAUUGUCGUUGACCUUAAAGUUUUAUGCUCUUGAUAGAAAGUUGAAGAAAGCCCAGUAUCCCAUUUAUAGAAGAGUAGGAGUUAAAAACUUUUGUCAAUCAGUAAUUAUAUGUCAGAUUCAACUCAGAUAAUGGUUCUUACUGUGUCUGAGAGACUAACCAAAGUAGAGAACUGAGACUACUAUUUACUUCUAAAGGAGUGUUCCUAUAAGCGAGCUAGGCAGCAUUUUGCCUUAACUCUGGGGGGAGAAGAUGCUGGUGGUUGAAGCUUUAUUGGCUUGAGCUUAACAUGGAUAAGUAAUUGCCAGUAUCUGAAAGGGGAUUGUGGGAGUUUAAAGGUCAGCAUGCCUAACCUAGAAGGAAACAAGGAUACUGGGAUUCCUCUUAAGGCAAAACUAAUUUAAUUCCCCUUGAGUCUUCAGUUUUGAACUAGUAUAUGGAGAAUUCUGAAAUUGUAUCUAAUCUAUUUCUCUUUUAUAACAGGCAGAUACCCAGAAUGUGCUCCAGGCUCUUGUAGCCACUUAUGUCUCCUGUCCCCCAUCCAUCCCAAGGGCUAUAAGUGUGUUUGUCCAGAGGGAAUGUUUCUUUUACCUUCUGGUACAUGUAGUGAGUUAAAGGUGGUGUUUUCUUCUGGCAAACGUCUCUACUUGUUGAAAGUUGGUUUUAUGGGAACUGCUAUAGAGCGAACCCUGGUUCAAGAGCAUCCUAGGAACAUCUAUUUACUGGAUAUUGACUGGAAAAGAAACCUCAUCUACUGGACAAAUGCCCAGGGACGUCUGUUCUUCUCAACUGGCUAUUCGGGAGAAAAGCGAGAGAUUUGGACAGAGCGUACAGUCUGCUCAGCAAAUGUGGACGUAUCCACUGGGGACUUGUACUGGCUGCCCUGUGACAGAAGUGCUAUUCAGAAGACCAACAUUACUGGCCCAGACACACAUACCCUUUACAGGACAGGCAGCAUUAUACUGCAUCUUCUUCUCAACUGGCCAAAGAGGGUGAUCUACUGGGUAGAGAGUGGGAAACAUUUGCAAAGUAUGACCCUUGAUGGCAGAAGCAGACAGGAAGUCUGGAUGGGCACCUGGACGGCCGACACCCAUAUGGCCUUAGACCUUGGCUCGUCUAGCAUCCUCUGGACUACCAAAGGGUCAGGUAAGUGCAACACCAAGCAGCACAGUUGGAAGAAGCUUGGGACGGGAGGUGGCGGGAGAAUCUUGUCUCAGCACAAGGAUUCCGGCCAUUUUUAG